CGUUAGAUUCAAAGAUAUAAAUAGAUAAUAAAUUUAUGAAAUUUCCGAAAGAAUCACGGGUAUAUUUAAUAUUUUAAUAAUUGAUACUUUCGAGAUGGCGAAUAGAAUUCAAACACAAAUAUUUAAUCAAUCAAACGUGGUAUUUAUCAUUAAUUAAAAUUUGCAAUCCUGUUUUUCCCUACGUUCUUCAAAUACGAUGUAAUUCUGUUAAAGGUGUUAAAGAUUUUUACAAAUAUAUUUCAUAGUUACCAAUAGUUAUUAGUCAUACUGACAUAACCAUAAAUACGUAAAUGAGAGGCUGUAUAAUUCAGUUUUGUCACAAUUAUAAGAAACUAUCUAUGAUAACAUAUUUUUCAAUAAACUAUUAAUGCACAAAUUGGUCUUGAAGAGUGCUACAGUUUAACAAUAUGCACGCAAAAAUGUCAUCUUACUUGUUGCACUUUUGAUGACGCAUUCAAUUUGAUACGUACUGUAUCGUAGUCCUUUCAUGGUUCACACCAUUCACGGCUCAAAAUGGCAUGUAAUCGAUUCCGGCGAUAAUUAUACGCGUCAAUAGUUGGAGCAUGACCAUGUGACGUUCAUUGUUUCUCAGCAUGAUGAUUUCUGCCGGUAAUGAUCAAUAAUAUAGAGAAGGAUAUGGAACGCGUCGGAAAUAGGGCGUAUAGAGAGAAACAGUGUGAAAUGCUAGCGGACAUGAAACUGCCAAUUACUGAAAACGCGAUCAAGACUGAUGGCAUACAAGUAAAAAUUACUGCGAAAUUCGUUUUACACCGGAGAACGUAUUUCUCCUGGUAAUUUUGAAUUACAUCGUUCUGAAACAUUCAUUGCUGAGAAAUGUUCACUUCCCGUCAUAGUCAAGAUACAAGUCAUUCAAAUUAUAAUACUUUCUUCGUAAUAAAUCACAUCAAUUUUGAAUUGAACAAACGAUAAUGACAAAUAUUAAAUUCACAUGAAAAACAUAUAUUAACUUUGAUUCAUUUUUUAAAAUUCUUUCGGAGGAACUUCAAUAUCAAUUCUGUUCGACCAAAUAAAGCUAUUACUUUCUCCCAAGUAUUUUCUCCCAAAAAGAAGUAAACAUUUACAUAGGGCAUUUGUUUCUUCCCUUUUCAAUAUCUUAAAAGAUAAUUGUAUUCGAACGUAACACACUGACUCGAGCGUGGCUAUUAAAUUUAUUACGACGCGCUUAAUAUCAUCCACAUAAUAUUCAGAACGUCAAGAUAUUGUAAUGAAGUUAGCAAACCUAACUAAAAGCUAAAAAUACUUGCUGUCAGUCUUAUCGCUGAUAAACUGAAAAAAAAAAAAAACAGAAUUCUUGCAUGACUUGUAAGCUAUAAAAGAAGCUCACAAAAAGAAAUAGAAGCAUGACAAUUUCAUAAAAACUUUUCGCGUACGGCCACGAUCGUACGAAAACGUUACGAUAUAAGAAAGAGGAGAGCGCGGUGCGUUCUCGAGACUUUUAAGUUCAUUUCCUCAAACUACGAAAACCGUUUAAAGUACGAAAACCCUAAAGCUAUCCAAGCGUAAAGCAACGACGGCGUAAUCAAAUGGAGACCACGUAAGCGGUCAGCGAUCGUUUUUAUCUAUCCGAGUUUGCGGCAUGCAAUCAGUGAGGCGCCCGUUGACUCGUGACGCUUCCGGUCCAGGCUUCCGGUCCGUGGAACCGCACCGUUUCCGUUCGGCUGCCCAGCCCACCGAUCUGGCCGGUCGUCGUCGUAUAUCGUGGAUCCGUGUCCGAGAAGCACUAUCGAAAUCAGUGCCAGCGUCUCGUCAACGUGAAACACAGGCGUCAUACCAGUUCGAUCCCCGGGGAUAAUCGAGUCGAGUGAUUUUCGUUGUUGUUGCAGAGCAACGGCGUGGCGCCUCGUCUGCGUCCGUUCUGUGUCGAUCGAGGAUCGAACAUCUAAUGUACGUGCCAGAAACGAGGUUACGCGCGAUUUUCGAGCCAAUCUACGGGCACCAGACGAUCUGGCUGCUUGGAAAUUGAUCGGCUAACAAGUCGCCCGAAUCGUAUGCGAUACUCUGCGAUGUUCAAUUAGUUGCAACAUGGAAAAUACAUGUAUGACGCGUGUUAUAGGCGAUAAUUGUGUGCGCAGUGAUUUCGUUCUUUUUUCGUUCUAAAUUUCAUUGUUCUUUGAUGAAUUCGUUUGAGAUGGAUGAAAUGGUUAUUGGAGAAAGGAUGCGUCUACACCGGAAACUACUUACAAAACGAUCGUGAUCGUUUAACAAGCCUCCUUUAAGUUAUUUAUCGUUGAAAGUUCUUCGCGAAAGUGUUGAAAGUUACGACUGAUGAUGGAAAUGCAUCGUUUUACAGUGCUUUCGAUUUUUAUGUCUCUCUGUCGCGAAAGUUUCGAUUAACGAGUGCUUCUAUUCUCUGAAUGAAUUGUAUACCAAUCUCAAUCGAACUGUAAGGAAUAUCGGCGUUGCUGUGAAAGACAAAAUGCAGGGUAUUAUCGGUGUUAUCGAAGAUGGUUUAAUAGCAUCCAUUAUCUUUAUAUCUUCGUCGCUUUUCCCAGAGAAUAUCAAAUAUUAUUGAAAAUUAUUCGUAAAAUUUAUUAUCGUGAAAUUUAUGACCAUACCUCCGUAAUGAUAUUUUACAAUGAAUAAUUUCCGUUAAAGAACAUAUAUCGAAUAAAUAUUAACAAGUAUAAAGAAUGUACAUGACUAUUACUCAUUUCUUAUCUCGUAUUCAGUUCAAAAUUACCAAUUAUUAUUCUUGGAAUAUUUAGUUGAAUCAGGCAACGAUACACGAAUACAAAGAAAAACUUGAAAAUCGAAUAAUAGAAGCUUAUAAAGCCAUGAGAUACGAUAACAGAGUAUCAGGGAGUACAUUACCGUGCUAGAUAGUAAUUCGAAUCGAUUUUCAAGCAACAAAAGCCAUUCACGAUUUCAAUAAUCGUAACAUUACAAACAGGCGAUUAUUCCGAGAAUCUCGCGCUUGAUAUUCCACAUUCGUUGUAUGACGACGUUGGAAGAGCGUCCUGAACGGUGAGCCAAACGGUAAACAGCGUUAUGCACGUUUCUCGGGCGUUAGCUGAACAUGGGGAAGCGAUGAGCCGGUUAUAUUGCUGAAUAUACACCUAAAGUUUGGAUCGCGAUGGCUGACCGGUGUUCUAAUCUGGCCGGAGGUCAAACUGGAUAAUCAGCGUCGAUCAUCGUCGAGCGAGAAAAGUAGUAAUCGCUGAACUAAGCAAACCGGCGCCGAUCCCCCGUGUGUACAGGUGUAUGUGUGUGUUUGUGUUGCGCUACGUUGGACGCGAAAAUGGCGGUGGUACCGGGUAAGAAUAAAUUGAAAAUGGGCAGUGCGGGCCGAUACUACAGCGCCUAUCUCAUCUACGACGUGGCGAACUCGUGCCUGGCCGCGUUGCACGCCAAGAUGCCUCCUCCGGUUGUCGUCACGCGAACCAACCCUCCGUCUCCUAUGCACGUCCAGAACCCCCAACACUACCACAUAUUCGUAGGAGAUCUGAGCCCAGAGAUCGAGACGCAGACCUUGAGGGAAGCCUUCGCUCCUUUCGGCGAAAUCUCAGAUUGCAGAGUUGUAAGAGAUCCACAGACGCUCAAAUCCAAAGGAUAUGGCUUCGUUUCCUUUGUUAAAAAAGCGGAAGCGGAAAGUGCCAUCGGUGCCAUGAAUGGACAAUGGCUCGGUAGCAGGAGUAUUCGAACGAAUUGGGCGACUCGCAAACCCCCUGCACCAAAAUCCGAAGCAAAUGCAAAGCCAUUGACUUUCGAUGAAGUGUACAAUCAAAGUAGUCCGACCAACUGUACAGUAUACUGCGGUGGACUAACUAAUGGUCUAACAGAAGAGCUAAUGCAAAAAACUUUCUCGCCUUUUGGAUCCAUCCAAGAGAUUCGUGUAUUCAAGGACAAGGGUUAUGCUUUUAUCAGGUUUUCUACCAAAGAAUCGGCGACACACGCUAUUGUGGCAGUACACAACACCGACAUCAAUGGUCAAACGGUGAAAUGUAGUUGGGGCAAGGAGAGCGGGGAUCCGAACAAUGCUCAACAAACUGGGCAGGCGUUAUCCUCGGCGACGUACCCAUACUACGCGGCGGCAGCAGCUGCCGCCGCGGCGGCGGCAGGCGUCGCGGGUGUUGGAGGCGUCGGUGGCGUCGGCGGAGCUGGCCAGCUAGGAUACUGGUAUCCGCCCCAAUCUUAUCCUACGACAGCGACGCAGAUGCAAGCCGGUGGCUUCCUCCAAGGAAUGCAGGGAUAUACUUAUGGACAGUUCGCCGGAUAUCAACAGGCGCAGUACAUGGGAAUGGGAAUGGGUGUCCACGCUGCUGGCACGGCAGCAGGUUGGGGCCAGGGAUUACCUGGGGGACCACAGUUACCGCCACACCAUGCCACGACGGUCACGGCACCCCCAGGGGUGCAAGCCGCACCCCCACCACCACCACCUCCGGCACAAAUGAUGGCCUACCCGAUGCAACAGUUCCAGUAUGUAUUUGAAGAAGUAAGAGGGCCUAACAAUACUUAUUCGAGAUGAGGGAAUACUAGUGAAAAAGAGUUAUAAAGCCUAUCAAGAUCCUGCAUAAGAAUCUUUCAUCACAGCACAGUGAUCGCUACCACUAUCAUCGCACGGCCUGGCUUAUCCUUACUUUCAAAUAUCACUUUGCGUCAAGGAAACUGCAUCUACAACCUGGCUCAACCUCGUAUUCAACCAGAAAAGUGUCGCUGGAGAACGUAUCUAUAAAAUGGAUAUCAUCGUUGCGUAUGAAAUUGCAACUGAAUGGAAGAAACGCAAGAAACAAAAGCAAGAGAGCGAACGAAAGUCUCGUUAUACCAAUAAUAUCGUCGCUAAUAUUUUUAUUGGAAUUAUCCUUCUGAAAUCGAUCCAUAGUUUCAUAAUCGGUCCAUAAGAGAAUGAAUAGUUUAUUGAUCGAACACCACAUUUAAAUAAUCUGAAAACGUUUACACCACACUGAUACAUUCCUCUGAGCGUUAUCAAAGCCAAGCAACACAAUUAUCUUAGGGUAAUAAUGUGUUUAAUUAAUUGCUCACACUUUUACAACAUUGAAAGCAAUUGAGGUUGAGUCACGGUAAAGGUAGAUUCAGAUCGACCAGUCUACGUGUGUUGGAAUGCGAAGGAUAUGUGAGAGGCAUAAGGAGAGAUAGAGAAACAAGAAUGAAAUGAUUUUUAGAAUUAAAAAGAAAAGAGCGAGAGGAAAAGCGAAAGUGUGGAACGUGCGAAUGAGACGUGUGAAAGGUAGAGAGAGAUAGAGUGAAAGAGAGAAAGUUGUCGAGAAUAUUUCUAUUAUUUUCUUGAAAUUCGGACCAAGACUUAACCAGCGUUUGUGUGUUCAAAUGGUAAAGUGUGUUCUUGGUUGCGGUCCAGCUAGCGGAUGAGGACUGGCUGACGCCUAGCCUUCUAGUGUGAUGGUAAGCAAGUACACCCCACCAACAGGAACAACUUCUACAGCAACAACAGUUACCACCACCACCACCACCAUUAUCACCACUACCACAACUACCAACAACAACAAAAUUUCCGUCACCAUCGACGCCACCGCGACAGCAAAAGCAACAAAAAUCAUGCCGCUUCCGGCUUGAUGAAACAUAAAAGCAGAGGGCAGAAAUUGCCAAAUGUAGUUAACGAUCGCUUUAAUGAACAGAGCAAGGGAAAAAAGUGUAUGACAGGAAAAGGGGAUGAAUUCUUAUCUAUAAAAGCAUUUCUUAAAGUAAACGAUAAAAAAAGACAAAAAAAAAUAUAAGGAGAGAAUGACAAAGAAAAAAGAGAGUACUUCCAGAUUCCCCUAAAAUUUUCACGUCCAAUAUAACCGGCAAUCUUUACGGGAAAGAAAACUAACUGGUACCGUCAACAAGUCGGAGGUAUCCUCUCGUCCAGUCUGUAGGGUAAUGUAGUGUCUCUCUCGGCUUGAAUUAAUAGAUAGCGUUGCCGUCACGGUAGUGUCAAAAGCUUCAGUAAUGAAACACGAAUUCCGGGAUACGCGGACCACCAUGUGAUCAUCAAAGACAGUUUGUAGCGUAAACAACCAAUAUUUUGUGUGUUGUAUCGUCCACAAAGGACUGAUUACGGAAGAGACGAACGAGUUGACGCAUGUUGAACAAGCUCGUGAUUUGCACUUUCCGCCAUUUAAUCGACGCUAAACUCCUUUAUCGACGAUAAACUCCUAAAAAGAAAAAAAAAAAAAAAGAGCGAAAGAAAAGCGAUAGGACGCCGCCAGUUAUCGACCCGUAACCCGGAUUCAUUAUUUUUGUAGUUUGGGCUUAACAGUGAAAAUUAAUAAGUCGAAAGCGUAAAAAGAAACUGUAAACGCGUUACUCGGAGCGCGAACCAGCGACCGUCAAGUAAUCGUGCUGUAUAAAUAAUAAAUAAAAGAAAUCGAUAAACACGUGCACACUCGUGAAGAUUAUAUAAAGUAAAUUUAACAGAAAAAAAAGUUAUUAUAAACGAAAUUCAACAAUUAGCUAGUUAGGUAGGUAUGUUAUAAUAAAAAGUUACUCGAGGACGAUUCGAAAUUCGGCGGCAAAGCGGAAACAGACCUUCAGAAAUUCAACGAUUCCGCGUUCCUGAGGAACUGUUUAAACGUACAACCACUCGACUAUCGUGAACCACGGAACUGAAAGAUCCACGUGUCUUAAUCCAUUUUCCGCCACUGCGAGGACUUCUUCCUUCGGUUAUUAUAUUUAUUAUCAGACUCGAGGCCAAAAGACAAAUCAUGCGCGAAGUCUUCGCAGAACAGUCGAAGAGCCGUUUUUAUUAUUCGACUUGAUCCUUUUGACGCGGCACUUAGACAGUUGGAUAUUUUUAUAAAAGAUCAGCCGUAUGCGCCGAGGGGUGUCGACCGAUGCUGUUGGCGCGCCGAUCUCGCGAUUAAGAUAAAACAAACGUAACACACGAUACAAUAAAAAAAAAACAAGAUAAAAGGAUAUGAAAGGAUGGAAGGAAGCGACGAUUGGACAAAGCGUCAUCCAGCGAUCGAUCGACUCCAAUCAAUCGUGUCGGGUCAACCGUGGUUUUUAACUUAUACCUUAGAUUUUUAUAUAAUACGAAUACCAUAGAACCAAAGGGAAAAAUCUCGACUUUAAGACGCUUAAGCAAUAAAUCACUAAGCUUAGGAAAGCGAAGAAACAAACCGUUUAUCCCUGCGUCUCUCUACUGUAACUCGCUCUCAGCUAUUCAGCUUGUGAGCCACGAAUUCGUAACAACGAAGGGGUACAUAGAUCGGAGAGAAGGGACACGACGCGAGUUUUAAGAAAUCGAUAAGAGAAAAAGGAAAAAAGAGAAAGAGAAAAGAUGGAAUGAAUCGGUAAAUGGUCUGUCCGACGUCCCGAAUUUCGACUUGGCCAAUCUAACGAAACAAAAGAAAUAAAAAAAAAAACGAAAUCGAAACAAGUGUAAGUAAGAAGCAAGUGUAAGCAUGCGUGGAUACGUUCGCGCGUACGAACGAGAGAAUGUUAGGAAGAGAGAACGAGGGUGAGCGAACGAGAGUCUGCGAAUAAUGAGAAAUUAUACAACAAGCGAGAGACGAGAAAAAAAGAUUAAACAAUUCGUAGAUAGACACAUUGCACAAACAGCACGAAAGUUAGAUUAGAGAUCCGUCGAGUUCCUUCCUCGCGAACGCGUAUCCUGUCCUCCGAUUGAAUCUUUCAAAGGUUGUCUCUCUUUGUGUAAUUCCGUCGGAAUCGGAAAACAAAAUCCCUCAGCCUUUAAACCGUUGCUAUAUAUGUAUAUAGUAGCAAACAAAGAAACGAGAGAAGAGAUCGUUAGAAAAGAAAGAGGUUAGGGAUUAAGAAAAAAUGAACGCGAAGACCGACGACGGUUUAACAAGUAUAACGAGGACGAAGUAAUCCCAUCUGAUUUGCCUAUCUAUGAUCCCCGCUUUAGACCUUCGUAACCUGUCCAUACUUACUCCAUGCUUCGUCUCUUUCAGUUUUAAGCACGAUCCGAUGCUUCCGUAUCGUACUUCUUCUGUUUCGCCGUCGACCGUUCGAAAUCACCCUUUGAUAGACGCCCAUUCUCUCUCUCCCUCUCCCUCUCUCUCUCUCUCUCUCUCUCUCUCUCUCUCUCUCUCUCUCCUUGCGCCCGUGUUUGUACGGUGUCUUUUUUUCUCAAUAAUGAAACUGUCUCAUCAUACGAGCGCGCGUCGUCGGGUGCAAAGCCAUGAGUUUCGUUAUGAUACGAUGAAUCCCGUAGGAUUUAGACGAGCGAACCGAAUAACGGAUAGAGAAACGAAAGAAAUAGAGACGAGCAAAAAGAAGAAAAAGAAAAGAAAGAGGGGAUAAAGGGGAUGAGCAAGAAUGGAAAACGGGCAAAGGAAAAGGAGAAAAAUGGAGAAAGGGGGAAGAAAACGGGGAGAGAGAUAAAGAGAGAUGGACGACUUUGUUAUUAAUCAAAAGAUAGACGACGGAUCGUGCUUUAAACGAAUCAAAAGCGUUCAACGUUUUCGAAUCAAAAAACGCGACGAUCAAAGAACGAUACAGGGACGUUUGCGAGACGUUAGAAUUGAUGAGAUCGCGAGAGCAUCGAAUACAAGAGAAUGACGAAAUCAAACCCGCUUGGGACAACGUAGCAUUUAGGAAAUAUCAGUAAAUUUACUAAUUUCCCGAACGAUUCGAUACGUAGUACGUGGAUAUGGAUAUAAAAGGUGUGCCUUCAGUCCAUCUCGCGGACCACAAAUAUUUCGUACCAUUAAUUCCUUGUAAACUAAUAUUGUUCUAUUCGGCGAGAGAAAACGAGCAAACGUUUCUAUGCCUGAAACAUAAAACGUAUGUAAGUAUAUAAAUCUGACAACUACGUGUAAUUCGAUAAUCUCUUAGUGUCUUCCCAGUACGAAAAGCAUCUCGACAGAACUUCACAAAUUUUACGUAGUAAGAUUAUUUGUUAAAAUUUAUUACGAUUUAUAGAUGUUCGAUUUUAUUAUUGAAAUUGUUAAAUUAGUUGAAUUAGUUGACUAAUUUUCAUUUAAAUUUCACUACCCGGUUAACUCCUCGGGUAUUUAUCGUCGUUUAUUUCCCAAACGGCGAAUCUUUGUCCGAUUAUUCAUAUUCUUAGGUAGUUCUUAAAUUGACACUCUGUGCACUCGAUACAAAAUCAGUGGAAUAUAUUCAUUCGGAUUAGUUGUUUCGUGUCGAUAAGUUAAGGCGAGAACUAUACAGAUGAAUCAAAAAUUUGUACAAUGGAGAAAUUUUUAUCGUGUACUUAAAACAUAAGGAUUGUGGCCCAAGAUUUAAAACCAACACCAAACAUAUUUCACUCUAUGCCCGUCAAUUGUUUUAUAAUUGAUAAACACGAGAGAGGUAAGAGCCAUUUGUAAAAAAAAAAAAAAGAAAUUACACGAACAUACAACGAAGUGAUACAAAAUUCAAUAACACGUUAUCGUGAAGCGCGGACGUGAAUCAUUGGCCAUUCCAAACAGUAACGGAGUUCUGUUUCUCGACACAAACGUAAUGAAAUACACAGCCUAAAGGACACGGUACCGAUCGCGAGGAAGAAACGAAAGAAUUAUAAAUAAAUAUAUACAUACAUAUAAAUACAAAAAAAUAUAUUAUAUAUAUAUAUAUAAAUAAAUAAAUACCAAAACGUGCAGCGACGACGAAAGCUGUUAUUUUGAAUCGUCGUAAGUAAAAAAAGAAAGCGCUGUGCGUGAGAUAAAAAAAGAAAUAGCUUUUAAGAGACGACAUAAGAACAUAAGUGAAACAAAAUAUCGUGUACAUUAUUAGUUAGGCGAACAAACAAGAAAAAAAAUAAAAAUAUAGGUUAUUUUUCUGAAAAGUGGAACGAGCGAGAGAAAAAGGGAAAAGGGCGGCGAAUAAAAUGGCAGGUAAGAGUUAGAAUGUACGACGUAAAUCGUAGCGUGAAUUUAAGGGGCAGCGCGAGGCGUCGUAUUGAAAGAAAGUCGAUUAAAGGGGGGUGGGGGAUGAAGGAGAAAAUCAAAUCAUACGUCUGGUACACUCUACUCUUACGUCCUUCGGCCGUAUAAUCACUCCCCUUGCCAGAAAGUUCACUUCUCGACUCGAUUCCACUUUCAACGGGAAGAAAGAGAGUGGUCCCCCACUCUUUUAAAGAAUCAGCGGGGAUCCUCGUCCUGUAAAAAGUAUUUGAAGAAUGACGCCUUAAGCAUUAAGGCGUGUAUAGAACUUACCGCUAGUCUCGAGUACGUUGUCUAGGUAAUAAAGCGAAUGAAGCUAGCCAAGUAAAAGGAGAAAAAAUAAAGAAAUACACGGCGCAGCGUGAAAGGGGAAACCAAAAAUGUAGUAUAAAGUGAUAAGUAGAUAAUUAAUGUAAUUUAAUUAGUAGAAGAUACCACGGGGUUUUGGAAAGUAACGACCACGAAGCGAGAGUGGAAUCGAGGAAAACCGUGUAAAGAAAUUUAGGCAAAAAAGGGUGAGAAUGAUGCGAACAAUACAGAGGGAUGAGAGCAAGAGAGAAUGGGAGAGAGAGAAUGCAAGCUAGAGUGAUUCGUCUGAUAGAAAAUGGUCAAAUCCAUUUAUGGUACCUAAGUCAUGUGCGUAAUCACGCCCAGAAAAAGGGAUACAAAAUGACACGUACACUGACACUCGUACAGGUAAAACGCACGCACGCACGCACGCACAAACACACGUACACGUAUGUAAAUACACACGUACAAACAAAACCACAUUCUCUACACGGCAGCGUACGUAUAGAGAACGUAGCGGCGAGAAACUUAACAACAACUCUAGGCUUAGUAAUCUAGUCUAGCUUGACGAUCGCUAAGUUAACAAAUAAGAAGAAGAAAAGAAACGUUCACGAAAAAAAAAAAAAUGAAUAGCGCAAUAACUAUAUCCGCAAAUCACAUCGAGCACCGUUACACGACAUAUACACACACGCACACAUAAAUACUACACGUAAACGUAAAACACAACAAGGCAUAAACACGGAAAUAAAAAUAUAUAGGAAACAAGCUGCGGCUGCUGCCUCCAUCCUUCGUCCGUGUUCUCGAGACGCAAACUCUAGAAUUUCUACAGCCCUGUAACGCGUCCGAUAUUUCGCAAUUCUCGCCGUUUCAAGAAUUUUUACCGUCGUGUCGUUUAAGCUUCAGCAAGCUGGCAUACCAGCUGCCUAGCCGUUAUCGAAUCACGACAUUCUCGCGUUACCACGACCCAGUUCCUUCUUUUUUUUUUACCAACCUCCUCUCCUAUUCUUCUUUCACACUUACUGGCGUCUUCGACUUUCUUUCAUUACUACGUAUCACGUCUUUGUGACAUUCUUUUGUCCCGACGUCCUUUCUUCUUCGUUUUGUCUUCUGGCUUCCUUGCCAUCCUUCUGUGCCGAACGACCGAAUCGCUCUACAAAUGAUUUCCUACACAGAAGGAUUCCUCUCGUGGAGAUUUACCAAAUAUGAUAGCCGACAAUCAUUCAAGAAACAUACACUUAGAGACUUGUACGUGUUCCUCUCAUCGAGGACUAAGUGAAAAUAAUUAACCAAGUUCCAGUAUGCUUUCACGCGACGUCUUACGAACAAUGGACAGAGAGGAUUAUCGGCAUCGGCGGCGAAGGAAAGUAGGAAACGCCAUCGCAUCGGUUUUGUCGAACGCCCUGUUAAUAUUCUAUGUAUCGAGUCACUACACCUUCGCUUUUAACAAAUAUACAACGAAACACUGUUUCAAUGCGUCAAAAGCGUUACACGCGCAUAAAGCACAUAUAAAACAUAUCACUGCGUUGUUUAGCAAAGUCCGUGAAUCUUCGUUAGAAGUCGUAGAAAGAAACAACAAAUGUAACGUUGUUGAUAGAUCCAGUGGCGUAAGUCGCAAGUAUUGGCCGCUUAAAGCGGUUUUUGUUCUUGAUGGAAGUGAAACGGUGAAUGAAAAUAUGAAGUUUGUAUGGUAGAGUUAGGGAAUUUAAACAGAAUGGUUGUUAAGUAUCACGUAUUAUUUCGUAGACAACCUCUAUAAUUAAAAUUGGUAACGUGGUUACAUUCCUAUAUAAAAUUCUUCGUUCUUGUACAUGCUUCGUGAACAAAAAGUUUUCAUGAUUGAAAUUGAUUUAGCUAUUUUGUUGAUAAUAUAGGAGAAAUUUAUUUUACGUAGAAGUUAUCCUUUUACGCAAUUUGUCGACCGUUCCUUCGACCAUACGCAGACAGACGGACUGCGUGUACCUAUCUUACCGUCCUAUAAAAUAAUAUUAUUUAAGAGUAGUUACAUUUGUUUAAAAAUGUUACUCUGAGAUGAUACGCGCCAAGUAAGAUCACGGCAUAUACAGUAAUUAAACGAUCAUGUAACGUUGUACAUAUAUAGAGUCGUUUCGCAUAUGUAGCAAGAAUCUAGAGAAAUACGACGUAGAAAACUAUAGAUAACUACCAGAUCUAGGUAACCGUACAAUUUAGUCACAGCUAUUGCUGAUUCAGCAUUUGUAGCAGCCCGCAGUGGAGUAUUCGUCUGUCUUUUGUGUACAAAGAAGAUUUUGUGUUUGUACAAAUGAAGGAAAAAGAAAAUUGGUGAACAAAAUUGUGUAUUUAACCGUUUGCGCUUGUUUAAUGUUGUACAAAUAAUAUCGCAUCGGAUUCUGAAACAUCGUAAAAAGAGCGUAGAAGUCAUGUUGGUAGAUUAAACAUAACAUGAAAAUAUCGUCGUCGAUAAUUGUUAACCAUGAAAUACAACGCAUGUAAGUAGGCCAAGCAGAGAAACGUAAUACUUUAGUGGAUGCACAUAAACGCAAGAAUUCCUGCUUUUAUCGUCGAUAACUUGGCUCUCCUUUCGUUCAAAUUCAUAGUAGGAAAAAAAAUAUAGAACGUUACGAGCGCAAUGGAAAUAAUUCAAGUGUUUAACAAAUGGAUGACAUGCACGGUUUUCUUUAUUCACGGGGAAACAAAAACGUCAAACACCGGGAAAUCUAGUCUUGAACUUUCGAAAAGUUUAUCCGCUUGAAUUCGAUCAUCACCUGUAACGUCAUCUUGUCAAUCGGAAACUGGCAAAAGGGUAGGAAGGCAGCAGUCAAGCCACUCUAGAAUACCGAUGCAGAGUACCGUGAAAACAGUUUAGCGUUAACACAAGAAUGUUUAACAGAAAUUUGUAAGAGAUGAUGCACACAGCGAAAGAAAGCAAAAGUAGGAGCCGUAAGCGUAGUCACCGAGCAUACCUUAAAAUAACAUAUGUAUAUGAUCAUAUAAAUAUAUAUAUUACAAAAAAAGACUACAAAAAACCAACACGCGCAUCUAUAUGUGUAUACAUACAUACGUCUAUAUGUAUAUGUAUAUAUACACACACGUAUAAUACAAAAAAAAAAAUAUGUAUAUUAUAUAUACAUACCAGAUAUAAAUGUGUAAGAAGAUAAUAGCCGACAACUAGAGAUUAUAUCGAGUAUAAGCUUAGAAACGAGAACAGGAAAAGGGGGCGGAAGACGCGUCACCUGUUAACGCGUACUCCGCGACAUACUGUGUUAAAUACCCUUAGCCGUAAGGAAACUUCAAACCCAUUGAAACGUAUCUCGUGAAAGAAACAGACACGAGAGAAAAUGUUGUGGCUAGCCUGCCGGACCCCCUGAGCCCCUAAAAAUAUGAAUAUGUAAUACGUUUGCUGCGUCGAAUGAAAGGAACGCAACGAUAUUACGAGAGCGAAAGGAGAAGAAAAAAAAAAGAGAGAAAGCGAUCAAGCGCAUGAGAAAGAAAAUACGUGUAUGUAUCGGUUAGCAAGUGAGUGAAUAAAUGAACAAGAGUGAGCGUGUGUGAGAGAGAAAGUGUGAACGAUAGAAAUUCACGCGCCUCGACGGAAAAAAGACAAGUUCUUCGGAGAGACAAAAGUUUAAUAAUAAACGCUAAUUACGAUCACGUCCGAUUCAUACAGAGAUUACGACGUUCCUUCAUUGUUUCGUAGUGUUUCGUACGAUCCGACGUGCGCGUCACGGGGUCCAUUAUUAUAUCGUAUAAACCCCUUCCCACUCCCAUUCCAGCCCCCCAGCGCGGUAUGCGGCAUAUCACUUACGACCGUACGCUAAGGAGUAAGGUGCCUUUUUUUCACUUCAUCGUGUGUAUGUAUUUCGGGGUUAAAACAAACGAACAAAACAAAGAAACCAAAAAAAAAAAGAAAAUAAAAAGAAAACGCGAGUAAACAAAGGGGGAAAAAUCCAACGUAAGAUUUUAUGUAUCACGUGUAGAAACGGCACGACGGAGCUCAAGGGAAGGGGCAUGUGACAUCCAUCCAUCGUACGUCGUCCGACAUACUUUCACGUCGCGAAGAUCCCUUUCCAAAACUCUAAUGCGAAGCGUUGAACGGCAUUGUGAACAAUGAUGUAAUCGAGAAUUCGAAAUGUAUUUCCGCGAUUCGAUGAACGGCCCGCGGGGUCCCAUGGCAGCCUCGUUGCAUACACUUAAGCUUAGGAGAUGUGCAGUCGCUGGACACAGCUCAAGGAGCAACAACCGGGCAAAACCUUGUAUAAUGUACUUACAUGUAAUUUCUAACGACGUGACAGAGAUGAUACGCGAUAACGUAUCAGGUGCGCGUGCGCGAAUACAGGCCAAUACACACAUACACAUAUAUGUACACGCGUAUACCUAUAAAAUAGUAAAAUACACGUACACGUGAAACAGAUAGACACAUAGGAAUGGAUGAUACAAACGUACACUUUAUACACGAAUCACACAGGUGACAUUACUUAAAAAAAGAAAAGAAAAAAAUAGAAGCACACGUGCACGUGCACAUAGAGAAAAAUGAUGGAAGAUACCUCCAAAAGACAAUUUUCACAGGAUAUAACAAUGGAAAUGCGAGACGCCCUGGGACGUGCGUGAAAAAAAAACGUGUAUGAUAUUAUGUAUACAUAAUAUAGCAUAUAAAGUAUAUUAUAAAUAAUGAUGAAUAUAAAUAAAAAAUAUAUAUAUAAAUACUAUGAAGAAGUAAACAAAGUAUAAAUAUGAAGGAAGUAUAUAAACGAGAAUAUAGGAUAAAACACGCUUAGGCUUAAGAGUAUAAGAUAUUAUUAUGAUGAUAUAUGGUUGGUUUAUAAUGUAAAAUAUAUUAUAGAAAAUGUA